CCGCCACCAUCAUCAAUUCUUUCAUAAUCCAGUGAUAUAGAUCCAAUCCGCGCUGUCACCAAUGGAGAUUCCAUCCACAGAACUGCCAAAACCACCAAUCCCGUAUGUCAAGGGCUGGAGAUUCACCGUCCAGUCGCAUACCCCUCCUCCUCCAACACCAGUGACUCAAAAUGGUUGCUGCAAUUCCAUGCCCGAAAUAGAAGAAAGACGAGAUCUUAGCGCCGCUGAACGAUGUCUGCAAAAUCCUCCUUUGCCGGGGAAGGCAGGAUCAACUACUCUUGAACUAGAGAUUGUUCAUCUAUUAAAAGUUAAAGAUGGCACCAAUGCACAAGUCUUCGUGAUUAAUAUCAUUGGGUCAAAUCCGGAAUCUUCUUGGCCAGGUCAAAAAGUGGUGGCUAAAGUAUAUGAUCCCCUGUACCAUGAUGAUGAUGACGGCUAUCUAAACUCCUUUCGCUGUGUUGAUAAACACUAUACUCAUGAAGUUGCUUCAUAUGAAAAUCUCUCUGAGUUCCAAGGGGACGCUGUUCCUACGUUCUACGGGUCUUACUCCUUGGACAUUCCUGUCGAAGGACUAGGGGUCCGGACUGUCCGUCUCAUCCUGGUCGAAUACAUUCCGGGCAUCCUCAUGAAAGAUGCCAACCCUCAGGAUUUCUCUCAAUCUGCCCGACAGCAGGUUAUGAAGAAAAUCAUUGAUUUUGAGACAGAUGUUUAUUUUAAAAAGGAUAUGUGCAAUGAGGACAUCAGUCCCCGGAAUGUGAUCAUGCAUCCAGAAGGAAAACUAGUAUACAUUGACUUUGCCAAUGUCUUGUUCGGUCGCAAGACUGACGAUUAUUUUGCUUCAACGAUAGAUAUGUUCCUUGGGCAAUAUAUCUCGCCUCUUCUGCGCUGGACCAAUCAAGACAAUGCAUGGGACUUUCAAGACUGGAUUGAUUGGGAUUGGGAGCCUUGGGUGAAAGCUGAGUACGCCCAUACUGCUGACACCAUCACCCAGGAACAGCGGGAGCGGUAUGAUAGUUGAUAAAAUACUCAGCCGAAAAGGUACCCGGACACAUCUCCGCAAGGUGUGUAUCUAGAUGGCCCAUUUUGAGUUGACCUGAUACAGCUUGGAUGUGGAUCAAAAGCCACUGGACGAAUCAUUUAUGGGACAGAAUGCUACUCCAAGGUGCUGGAUAUGGUUGAUCAUAUUCGCAGUUCCACUCGCGGUAUUUAGACUAAAGCAUCCUGGGUUAAUGUAUUGAUAAUGAUAAUUACUUCCCCCAUACUGUUCUUGACUGAACAAAUAAUAAGUACUGAUAAAUGGUCAACCCUCU